AAAAAAAAAAAACGUUCUUGAAAAGCAUAAGAAGAAGCGAGUACGAAAAAAUCAGAGAAAAAAAAAAUAGGAGGCAGAGCAGAGCAACACAUGGAAGAUUUUGAAAAAAAAUUAUCAAUAGGUGAACCCAUGGCCGAAGAUGGUAGCCAUGGCACCUCCGCGUCUGAUACCUCAACAACCAUCGUUAAUUUGCUUCGUAAAUUUCUCGCCGUUCAGCAGCGUCGGGCCGAAGCCUAUUCCAACCUCAAAAGGGGAUUUUCAGAGUAUAUGAUUUCGGGAAAUGAAUUGGUCUAUCAACAGCUUUGCAGUGACAUUACACUGGAGUUCAAUAACUGCUCUAAACAAGUCAUUGAAAUGGAGUCCCUAUUUCAGAAUUCUGAGUACGAUCGAGUUGAUUUAGCUAAGCUUUUGAGAUCUGUUCAAGAACAGGAAAAACAGAAACUGAAUUUGACGGUCACAUUACAGGUACUAAAGAAGGCUGGUCGGCCAUCAGAACGUUUGGUGAGCCACGCGGAUUGCAAAUUUGAGAAACCAAUGGAGCAUGAGUGUGUGCAUGUCCAUGAGAUUACAGAAGAAGCUGGGACUGAAGAGGCAGAAGCAGAUGCUAUGUAUGAUAAAGAACUAAAGGAGGCCAUUAGAGGAGUACAGGAUGCUGUGACUGCUAUAAACGAGCAUUUGGAAGAGGUCAGAUAUGAAAUUGUGGCCCUUGAAUCUGAAUGAGUUAAUUUCAUAUUUUGAUUGCUUAAGGAGAUAGUCUCAUAGUUGCCAAACCAGCCCUGCAAAAAUGUAACAGCUAGAAAAACGUAUAAUUUGCUAAUAACUAUAAAGAUGGUAUUAUUUUUGUGACUGGUGUGCCGUUCCCUAUCCCAUGUUCUUGUUUUACAUAGUUCUCCCACUGUAAACAGCCCAAAUAUCCGUUCAAUUGAUUUAUGAAAUUGGAUGAGUAGUUAAGAUCCAAUGGUUUUUGGCAAAAACGAAGAGAAAUUUUCGUGGAUCUAUUUUAUACUUUAGUUCAAUUUAUGCGACUAUUCUUUUAUACCUAAAUAAA